CUGUGAUAUCGUUUUCUGAGUCAGCAGACAAGUACACAAGCUUAUCUUUUUCCUCUUUAAAGACUUCCAUAUAGUCCUCUUCCACCGACUUCAUCCGUUUCCAGUUGUUUUGCUGUCCUUUCAGCACGAACUCUUGGCGUUCUUUCAAACGCCCACCAAAGCUGGUAGCGUACAGAUGUACGGGCCGAAUGGCAGUUCUGUUUGCUGAAUAACAGCGCGUUACUUGUUGACACAGGGAAUUUAUUUCCUUAUAGUUCAUGAGGUCAUCAAAAGCACAAUCAAGCACCACUCUCAUGUUACUUGGAACAACCUUUCCGGGACGCAGUUUUUUCUUCUGACUGGGAACUUCUUCACCAGCUUCCUUUUUACGCUUUCUCUCCUCUUUACGAGCUUUCUUUUUUUCACGACGUAACCGAGCACGCUCUUCACGACCGGCUUCCCAUUCUUGCUGACGACGAAGACGUUUCAAAGCAGAUUUGCUCAUUUGAACAGGCUCCUCAGCAUUAAUUGAUGAAGAUUCUUGAGAUGUUGAGUUUGAAGAUUUGGUUUCUUCCAAACCUUCUUUUGCAGCUUCCGAUUCAGUAGACUGAACCGGAACCAGUUCCUUUUCCACGACAGACAUAGUACUCCGGAAUUCUAUAAGUUUUUGGCCAAAAUUUACAGUAUAAUUAUACUGUUUUUGAAGAUUUUCACUGUCAGUGGUAUUGGUGGAAACCACUCGUUGUGAAUUGGUACCAGAGCAGGAAAAAAACACAAAAACUCGUUCUCGUUAACGUUCAAAGAAGAAACAGAUCUGAAUUUGAAGCAUAUUUUUCGUUUUAUAAAUAUAAGCAAUGUCUACUGAGGAAAAUGACUCACGGAUGGACGUAGAAGCAAACGAGUUCAUUGACAACGACAAUGCUGAGACAGAAAGGGAUGUGCCCGAAAAAUCGAAGCUAGAUAGUCUUCGAAGGAAUCCCACAGAUCAAAAACCCUCGCUUGCCGAGUACAUGGAUCAAUUAACAAAGGACUAUGCUGAAGAACUGGAUGAACUUCGUCAACGCGAGAUUUUUGAUGACAGUAAGCUCCAAAUGCUGAUUCGCUCCUUACGCGCAGGUCACAAAAUCUUUGAAUAAAUAAAAUAAAGGAGAAAGCUAAAUUCUGUUCCAUAAACCAACAUUUAUUGAAGUCUAUAUCUGAAGCAAGGAUCUUUACAAAAACAUAGGCUGACUAUAAGUUGGUGCAAUAGGGAACACAAAUACAUUGGGCCCAUCAAUGUACCAUUUUUGGAUGAGUGUGCUUAAAAAUUCAUUGAGUUCUUACGAACUGGAUAUUGUAGGAUCUAUAAAUAAAGUUGUAGCAAAU